GGGCGGUGCAGUUGUGGCUCCAGCCCUCGCUGCUCACCCAGCGUUUGCCGGCACGAGGUGGGGGGAAGCUGGAAAGCUGUCACUCGCUGGCCUGUGGGGACUUGGGCACCAUGUGGGGUCUGCUUCUCUGCGGGAGCUGGCUGCUGGCCACCGGCUACCUGGCGAGUGCCACAGGUGGCUGCUGGCACCGGUGCUGCCCGGGCAGGAACAACGCCUGCUGGGCUCUGAGCACCCGCUGGGCUCGCUGCUACUGUGACUCGUACUGCGAGAGGACAGGGGACUGCUGUGAGGACUACCAUGCUGCGUGCCGCCGGGCCGCAGUGGGCUGCGCGGUGGGGCCCUGGGGGCCGUGGAGCGGGUGCAGUUCCCCGUGCGGAGUCGGCAGCAAGGCCCGCAGCCGCCAGGUCACCAUCCCUCCCCGGCACGGAGGGGAGCCCUGCCCUGACCUCAAGCAGCGCCGCGGCUGCCUGGGGGAGCACCCGACCUGCGGGACAGCCAAAGAGGUGGCCAAGAUACUACCCGACUCCUUCAGCCAGGACUUCAGGGAUCGCUGGCGAAGAGCUGGGCUGAUGUUGCCAGAGGAGCCGUCCGGCUCCCCCCUCCCCAGCUACUGCGGGUAUUUCCGCCUGACCCAGGUGGGGCCCCCCUGCCGUGGGCAGCCCUGGAGCCGCCGGCUGCACCGGGACAAGCGGGUGUGUGUCGAGUGCUGGGGGGACACAUCCCACCACCACCCCCAUUGCACUGGGCAUGGGCUACAAGGAGCCAGGACAUUUUGGGUGGCUGCCUCCGUGGCAGGGUGCCAGGGCUCGUGGGUGCAGGAGGGGCUGCAGGAAGGUUGUGUCUGUCCCCCACCAGCACUCAUCUUUGUGUAGCAUCCCCUGGGGGAGGCUUGCUGCUUGCCCUUGGAGCUGACUCCUUGUGUUUUCCAUUAAGUACUUUGGCAAAGAAUGGGAAGAAAAUGCUGCUUGUAAAGAUUAAAAGUAUGGGAAUUGC